AUGCGUGGGCAUGUGCUUAAAAGUGUGGUUGUCCAAUGUGUCCGCGUCCAAGCCGCGAGUCCGAUGAAAAGUAUCCGACUCAGGCCUCUUAAAAAAAAAACUGAUUCCGAUUACGACUCCAGGCGAAAAUUUCCUUAUCCAAUUCCCGACUUCGACUCCCCACUCCGACUCCGGGUUGAGGCCUCCAUGAAAUUUUUCAACUAUAAUUUUGUGUAUUUCUCAGCAUUGAAGAUGAUUGUACGUCGCUGCACUUACUCAUCGUUCAAAAAACAACAUCUUAAAAAUUUCCCGAACAAAAAAAAUUGUUUAACUUCCAUCACUUUUCGGAGUCGAAUGAAAAUUAUCAUACUCCGGUUCAACGAAAAAUUUUAUCUCCGACUUCUAGAGCCUGGAUUGUUCUCGUGCAAAGAUAUUGGCUACUGUUCAUACAAAGAUGAAAUCACGAAAUAUGUCUCACGUGAAAUAGUCAUGAAAUUAAAAUGGACACCUAUAUACAAAGAAGAGAAAUGCAAAUUGAAAUCUUCUAGAUCUGGACUUUCUGUUUGCCAGCCACUUUCUUACUUGCUUCUCCUCCAACUGACAUUGGUUCGUCAAAUUUUUGAGGUCAUUCCCAGUAGCGUAUGGAUCAUCAACGUGCCUUGCAUACCAAUCUUCAAGGAUGCUCACAAUCUCCGCGGUGUGUUGUAA